GCGGCUGGGGUUUGCGCAGGCGCACAGCUCCAACCGGGAAGCAUGGCGGACCUAGCUACUCAACCCAGCAAGAGAAAGCGCGAACUGGACGCCGAGGAGGCGGAAGCUGCCAGCACAGAGGCAAAGGAAGCGGGCGUUGAGAAUGGUACCUCCGCUCCUGUGCGCUUACCGUUCUCCGGCUUUAGAGUGAAAAAAGUGCUGCGGGAGUCCGCGCGGGACAAAAUCAUUUUUCUCCAUGGGAAGGUAAAUGAGGCCUCUGGGGACGGGGAUGGAGAGGAUGCCAUUGUGAUCCUGGAGAAGACACCAUUUCAGGUGGAGCAGGUGGCCCAGCUCCUGAUGGGCAGCCCUGAGCUCCAGCUGCAGUUCUCCAAUGAUAUUUACAGCACCUAUCACCUGUUUCCUCCACGGCAGCUGAGUGACGUAAAGACAACCGUGGUUUACCCUGCCACAGAGAAGCACCUAGAAAAGUACCUGCGCCAGGACCUCCACCUGGUCCGAGAGACGGGGGCCGAUUACAAGAACGUCACCUUGCCCCACCUGGAGUCCCAGAGCCUCAGCAUCCAGUGGGUGUACAAUAUUCUCGAUAAGAAGGCUGAAGCUGACCGGAUUGUUUUUGAGAACCCAGAUCCCUCUGAUGGCUUUGUCCUCAUCCCCGAUCUCAAGUGGAACCAACAGCAGCUAGAUGACCUGUACCUGAUUGCCAUCUGCCAUCGCCGGGGCAUCAGAUCACUGCGGGACCUUACUCCAGAGCACCUGCCGCUGCUCAGGAACAUCCUCCGGGAGGGGCAGGAAGCCAUCCUGCAGCGCUACGGGGUGAAGGGGGACCGCCUCCGAGUGUACCUGCACUACCUGCCUUCCUACUACCACCUGCACGUGCACUUCACCGCCCUGGGCUUCGAGGCCCCUGGCUCGGCGGUGGAGCGGGCUCACCUGUUAGCAGAGGUGAUCGAGAACCUGGAGUGUGACCCGGAGCACUACCAGCGGCGCACCCUCACCUUUGCCCUCCGGGCCGACGACCCCCUGCUCCAGCUCUUGCAGGAGGCCCAGAGGAGCUGAGUGUGGCCCAGGGGCCGUCCCCUGGGACAGGAACACAGAUGUGCGGGCUGGGGGGCAGGGCGGGGAGGG